AUGGCACCACAGCAGCGGGCCCAACUGCCCUCUCCGCCCGCGAGCUUCACGGCGCGCAAGCACAAGAUUCUGCAGCAGCUGAGCGUGCCCGACGCGGAGUACACCGACGCUUCGCCCAAGGGGUCCGUGGACGUGGGCAUCCGCGAGCUGAUUGGCGAGCUCAACGAGCUGGACGGCUUCGUCACGACGAGCAGCUGCGCGGGGCGGGUGAGUGUUUUCCUCGAAGGGAAGAGGAAGGAGUCUUCGUCUGCACAGGAGGGUGGUGAAGCCAAGGACGGCUCGACGGAGGGUGAAGACGCUGCUGGUGCUGCGUUUGCGACGAUAGCUGGGCCGGGCGGGAAGGGCGGCGGCGGCACGUGGUUGUUUGUAUCGCACGAUCCCAUCCCUGGGCCGCAUGAUGAGGACGACAGGCUGCUGAGGCUGCUUGGUCUCGUGGAUGAAGCCGAGGGGAGGAAGGCUGGACCCGGAGAGGCGGGAAGCACUCAGUCUGGGCGAAGGAGACGGCGGCUUAUACACUUCAAGUUUGAGCCCAUGAUCCUCCACGUCCUCACAGCAUCCCCAUCCCACGCCCAGCUCCUGCUCAAAUGCGCCCUCGCAGCCGGCUUCCGCGAGAGCGGCGCCCUGAACCUGCUGCCCGCCGCAUCAUCCGCCGACGACCAGCAGCCAUCCGUCACCCCCAUCGUGGGCGUCCGCACGAUGGGCCUCGGCCUCGAGUCCCUCGUCGGCUACGUCGACGACUCCAACGACACCCGCCACUGCACCGUCUCGGCGGACUACCUCCGCACCCUCGUGGACAUCGCCAACGAGCGCUUCGUCGAGAACGCGGCGCGGAUCGCGAGGUUCCGCGCCGCGCUGCAGGACGCCGUGGCGGGACCGCCCGCGAGGCUGGGCGAGGGCGGCGCCGAGUGGGAGGAUGCGGCUGUCAGGAGGGAGCGUAAGAGGGCGGAGGGGUUGAGGCGGAAGGAGGAGAAGAUGCUCGCUGCUAGGGAGAAGGAGACGCAGCGGGCUUCCGAGGGUUUGGUAGACGACGCUGUAGACCUGCCGGAAUACCAACUUCAUGGGCUUUGA